GCCGCCCGUCGCUUUUCGUGACGUUUCAUACCCGCAGAUACUUUUACGAUAAACUUUUCCCCGGGUUUUCCAGUAACUAACAAAGUUUGAUCGAGUUGAUGUGACUAUUCCAGAUCUGAUUUGAAGUGUUUUGAAUUAUAUUCUUUAUUGGAUUUGGUGAUCUGUUCUUUCAUUAGCUGUGUUGUUUAUUUCCAAGACGAUGGUUUUAGUUUAGAAUAUGUCUAGAAGAAAACAAGCUAAGCCGAGAUCUCUCAAAGCGGAAGAAGAAGAAUGGGCGGAGGGGACAGUGUCUGAGGAAAAUGAGGAUAUGUUGAAAAACGCAGUCACUGAAGACGAUCCUGAAUGGCAAGACGAAGAGACAAAUAUCGAAGACAAAAGCAAUAUGGUUGAAGAAGAGAACAAUGUAGAGGAAAAGUUCGAAGACGGGGAUGAUGAACAUAAUUCGCCAAAGAUCAAGUUAGAAGCUGAAGAUGUCGCUGAUAUCAAGUCCGAAAGUAUGGACAGCUUUGAGUCCGAAGCGCUGGGCAGCGUCGGCAGCGUCGGCAGCACGGGUGGCAGCUCGUGGCCGUCGUCGACGCCGGAGCCGUCGCCGUCGCCCGCGUCGACGCCGACGUCGCACGACGCGGUGGACGCCGACGCCGAUGCUGAAGCCGACCCGCCGUUCACGCUGGGAGCCACCGAACAUACGCCGUACAAAUGUAAAUUUUGCGACAAGGCCUUCCCCAGGCUGUCCUACCUCAAGAAACAUGAACAGACCCACUCAGACCAGAUGCCGUUCCGCUGCGAGUUCUGCUCGCACUUGUUCAAACACAAGCGGUCGCGCGACCGACAUGUCAAGCUGCACACGGGCGACCGCAAGUACCGCUGUGCGCACUGCGAAUCGGCGUUCUCCAGGAGCGACCACCUGAAGAUCCACAUGAAGACACACGAUAACCAGAAGCCGUUCCAAUGCACGGUGUGCAACCGCGGCUACAGUACGGCGGCUGCGCUGACGUCACACAUGCAGGGCCACAAGCGCGACCGCGAGGGGCGCGAGACCAAUCGCAAGCGCGCCUUGCAUUGUCUGCGCUGCGGGGACGCGUUCCGACGACCUGAUCUUUUACAAGCACACAUGGCGAGUGUCCACGGCGUAGACUCAACCUCGUUGACGCCACCUCGCCGAGUGGCAUCACAACCACCGGCGACUCUCCUCGCGUGCAUGUACUGCACUCGCGACACCUUCACCAGCAUGGAGCAGUUACAAUUGCACGUGCGCGCGGCUCACUCCGCCCUAUUAAACGGAGAGACUUCCCAAUACUCAGUGGACCAGCCCAUGCCAACUGACCUCAGUCGUCGCAGCCCUGAGAACUUGUCGCCAACUAAACGCGCUCGGUUGAAUUCGGGUUCUGGAACGCCAAAAACAGCUCUGUCCCCGAGUACGCUGUUAUGUAAUCAGUGUGAUGCAGCACUUCCAGAUUUUGAGGCAUUUCGAGCGCAUUUGAAAGGUCAUAUUGACGAAGGUGGAGAGUUGAGAACGAGUCCAGCGCCGUGUCUCCACUGUGGUGCCACGUUUGCAGACGCGGCGGCCUCCGAGCGACACCUGGCGGCGCAUUACCUCGCCGUGUCCUGCGAGUAUAGCUGCCACAGCUGUGUACGAAGUUUCUCUACGCCCGAGGAUUUGCAAAAGCACCUAUUUGACUUGCACGCUCAUCAUAUGUAUCAGUGCAAUCUGUGCAAAGAGAUAUUCGAUUCGAAAGUCGCCAUACAGGCUCACUUCGCGAUGUCACAUAGCGCGGAAAGCAAAGUGUGGGUGUGCCGGUCGUGCGGCUCGGCGAGCGGCGCGCUGCGCACGGAGGCGGAGGGCGCAGCGCACGUGCGCGCCAGGCACGCGGCGCAGCGCUGCGCGUGCGGCGCCGUGCUCCCCGGAGCACGCGCACUGCGGGCGCACGCGGCCGCGCACCACUCCUACCGCUGCCCCGUACCCACUUGCUCCGAGUCCUUCGCCGUGCAGUAUCUGCUCGAGCGCCACAUACAAGUUCAUCAUGCUCUCACGCAUCAAGGUGUCAACGGAGACAUAAUAAGGGGCAAACGCACAGAAAACAACAACUCGACUGAAGGCGACGGCUCCAACUCCCCCUGCGUGACUGCAGACAACACAGUACAGCCACCAAGCGAGGAGCGGCGGCGCAAGAACGGCGCGGUCGCACUGCAGUGCGCAUACUGCGGCGAGCGCACGCGGAGCAGAGCUGAGCUAGAGGCGCACACGCGCGCGCACUCCGGGGCGGGCGCCGCGCGCCACAAGUGUCUCAUCUGUGACGAAGUGCUGCCCUCGGCUGCCGUGCUGGCAGAGCAUAAGCUUACUCAUUGCAAGGUAGUCGCUGGCGACACCUGCGCUCGCUGUCGGUCGAGACUACCAUCGGAAGAAGCUUACCUGAGUCAUAUGGCGCGUCACCACCCCGCCCUGCCCGCGCCCUGCGUCAUCUGCCGACAAACACUAGCUUCGGAAGCUGAAGCGCGGUUACACGCUCGUUUUCAUUUGCGACCGAACGAAGAUGAGCAGAGGUGCGCCAUAUGCCUUAGAGCACUGUCGGAAAGCGAAGCUGGAGAGGGAGCGAGGGCUUGCACAUCUUGCUACGCUCGCCACGCCGCACCCCGCGCCGCCCCCGCCGCCGACCACGACUGCCGCCUGUGCCGACGCACCCUCGGCUCCCCCACCCGCCUCCAAGCACAUCUCAUCGAGCACACGUUCGCAGGCAUCGGAGCGUUCACUUGCUACCUCUGCUCCGCGAUGUUCACGAGCGCGGCUGGGCUGCAAAGACAUCUGCCGGAGCACGCCUCAGCGCCCAGACCUUACGACUGCGGCCGAUGCGGUUUGAAGUUUUUCUUCCGAGCGGAACUCGACAAUCACGCGUUCGUUCAUCUCGAAGAGGCUGAAAUCGCUCAGAGAGCGUUCUACGAAGCUUACGCUCGCGGCGCCGCGUCGGCGUGGGCGGCCUUGCAACCGACGGAUCUUGCGCAACCUGCGUCGACAGCGCCGGUCGACAACGAGGUUUCGGUGAAGCAGGAGCCAGAAGUGAAAGAAGAACGCACCGACGAGUACAUUGAAGUAUCGUCGCCUCCCCCUCAGCCGCCGCAGCCCGAGCCAGCGUCUCCCCCGCCGGUAGUGAAGCAAGAGAAACCCGACGAAGACUGAAUGUAAACACAAAUGAACGCUAUCGUCCGGUGUAGGAUCGUGUCCUACUGCAAUACUAGAUUACGUCCUUGCAAAUUAUGCACUAGUUAGUUUUGUUAUAGUUGUAUCUGUUACAGUUGAGCGUUUAGAACGCGGAUAUGUAAAACUUAGAUAGACCGUCGUCUUUUAUGUUGGUUAGGGAACGUAUGUUUUAUAAUAUUUACACGAGUAUUUGUAUAAACUUGUUAACUUAAUAAAUUAUUGUGUUAAGCUUCACUGGA